AUGACUAUGAAGAUCCUAUUAAUUGACAUCAAUCCCAGGGUGAUACGGCAUUGGGGGAAGAGUCUUGGUGGUCUGAUAAAGAAUGGGGAUGUUAUUAUUCAUAAUGGUACAUUGGAUACUCUCGAUACGGGGUCCAAAGUUAGAAGAUCAAUUGUGUCACCUGGUAAUUCGUUUGGGUUUUUAGGUGGAGGGUUUGAUUUGGCUUUGCAGCGGCAUUUUGGAGGCAUUACCUUCGAGAAGUAUGUUCGAUACAAGCUUGUGCACUCAUAUGUACCUGUUGGGAAUUGUACGGUGAUUCCUUUGGAACAAUUUGCUCGAGACGGUUUUGAGUAUCUUUUGCAUAUACCAACAGUGGUGACACCUGUGAUUCCGGACUUUGACAGGCCUGAUCCGCAGCAUACGGGUUAUAGGGUUGUAUUUGAUGUUACCUGGAAUGCGUUGCACUAUGCGCCAUCUGGUACGGAACAACUGGUUGUUCCGGGGCUAUGUACCGGAUACGCUGGUGUCCCGAUUCCUGUUGCAUGUAAAGCGAUGAGCUUUGCAAUACGACUCUUCCACUUAAAGAUCAGACAGGUUCUGUCACAGGACCUGAUCAAUGCUAUGAUAAUGUGCUUCUUAGGGUAUCAGUAUGAUGCAUUUAUUAGUGACGAUUGUAUUGAGGAAUGCGAGAGAGUGGGCAUUGAUUGGGACGUUCUAAAUAACUUUAACCCCAACAAAGACCCAUUGGAUUAUAUCCUACCAGAAAAUCUGUAG